GGGGCACGUGAAUAGGUUUAAAACUGCAAUGGAACUCAUGUCCGGCAAUGUCUUCGUUUGCGAGUAGGGCCGCUUCCCUAUUAUUACCUGUUCAGAAGACACGAAGAAACACUUCAUACAGGUACGCCUCCGUAGCGGCGUAUGAUGGUUUUUCCGGCCAUGAAUUCCCAUGCAGUUUUAAUUCUGAUGAUGCACCCUAACUCCCCUUCAGAUUCAUUGCAACAUUUAUGCGAUCCUCUUUUAUAUGUAAACUUUUUAAAACCGUAGAUUUCGACAAGAAAUAAACUAAAUAUGUCCCUUUUGCAAAAACUGUAGCUUCGAGAAAGAAACUGAUCUCAGAUUUGAAAUCAGCGAUAUGAAAGUGUCUAAGAUCCGUAAAAAAAUAUUAUGCAACGAAACAUGAAAAAAAUUUGUUCCUCCAGUGUAAGUUUUGAAUUCUUUAUAAAUGAAAAUUACAAGAAUUAAGGAAUGAUUGAUUUUAAAUUUCAGGUAAAGAAGAAUCUUAAGAUGAAUAUGUGGAAGAAAUGAUCACUACUCACAAGACAAAGAAACCUUUCUUGAAAAUGGAAUCAAACUAUACAAACAGCAGCAGUAUCCAUCCUAUCGAAUAUUACUAUUUGACCGAAGCAAAUACAACAUCAUUUUUAAGCUUCAGAAAUGUGUCUGAUGAAGAAACUUUAUGGAACUGGGAAUCAUAUCCUGAUUGGAAUGGCUCCCAAUAUCCCAGUGGAUAUUCCCAAGUUCGAAUCAUUCUAACAGCUUUCUUUGUGACAAUUAUUAUGGUCGUCAUUGUGGUAGGCAAUAUGCUGGUUUGUAUAGCAAUAGCGACAGAGAAAGCUUUGAAAACCGUUCAGAAUUGGUUCAUUGCCUCAUUAGCAGUAUCUGACUUUUUAGUUGGUUUAAUAAUAAUGCCAUUCUCAUUAGCUAAAGAGCUAAUGGGUUAUUGGAUUUUUGGUACCGUUUGGUGUGAAAUACAUGCUGCUUUAGAUGUUCUUUUGUGUACUGCUUCUAUCAAUAACUUGUGUCUAAUUAGUUUAGACCGAUAUUGGUCAGUGACUCAAGCAGUUGAGUACUUAAAGAAAAGAACUGCUACACGAGCAGUGCUUAUGAUAUGCUUUGUAUGGAUUCUAUCAGCAUUAAUAUCAUUGCCACCUCUAUUAGGUUGGAAAAAGGAAGAUAAACAAGAAGACCAUCCUUCAUGUUCACUUAGUGAUGAUGUAGGCUAUGUACUAUAUUCAGCACUAGGUUCCUUUUAUAUUCCUGCUAUUGUUAUGGUAUUUGUGUAUAUUAGAAUAUUUAUGGCAGCAAGAUCUAGAGCUAGAAGGCACGUUAAAAAGACUCGAGUGACAAAUGAUCCUCCAAGAGAUAAAUCAACUACCACUACCACAUGCACGAGCUUCAGUAAUCCUAGUCCUCCAGAUAAAAGAUCAGAUAUUUUUAGGUUUCCAGAUAUUCCAAAAGUGAAUGGUAGCAAAAGAGAGGUAUCAAAUAUGCCUCACAUUAUUAUUGAAGCCUCACAGGAAAAUCCUACAUCCCCUGCACCUUAUUUCACAUCGGAAGGCCCAUCCAUUUCUCCUACUGUUGCUGACGGCAUUCCUGAAGAGGAUGCUGAAAAUGAAGAUGACGAUGAUGGUCGAGAUGGUGAAGAUGAAGAAGAAUUUGAAGAACAUGUUACCCAUUCCAUUGUUCCUAGACGCCUAACAAUUUCAUCAGACUUAAAUGUUUAUUCAAAUGAUGGUAUUGUCUCGCCUCAAACCAAACUUCCAAUGGUGGCUGUUGUUUUAGCCGAGUCCAAUUCACCCCGUUUUUUCCAUCAGCAAGUCCGCAGGACAUCUAUAAAAUCUCCUAGAUCAUCAGGAUUUGGUUCAAGCUCAUCGUUGACUGAAGGGAGUGGGAAAAUAAUUGAUCCUGAAAUGAGUGAAAUGUAUAAAGUGACUUCGGUGACUUCCUCUUUGAAAAAAAAGGCAAGACUAAAAGGGCGUUUGCCACUACGACCUCAUGGACAUUUAGCUGCUCGAGCCUUGCCAUCAGACGCCGAACGUCAAAAGAGACGAUUGGCAAAAGCUCGCGAACGCAGAGCUACCCUCAUUUUAGGUUUAAUUAUGGCAGCUUUCAUCUUGGCCUGGUUGCCAUUUUUUGUGCUAUACGUUCUGGAGGCUUUAUGUCGAGACUGUGCUAUUGCACCUACAGGUUUUGCAACUGCAUUCUGGUUGGGUUAUUGCAACUCUGCUUUAAACCCAAUAAUAUACACUAUAUUCAACAGAGACUUUCGCAGAGCUUUCAAAAAAAUUCUUUUAAAAUAACGUGAAAAUAUCUUGUGGUGUGUUACACUGUUUCAUUGAAACUAUUCUGCACUUCUUCAAUACGUUGUCUUCCACGUAAUUGCUGCUAUACAAAGUGCCUGCUCACGUCCUUUUUAUAAUAACAUAUGUCUGUCAUAGUACAAAAUUCAGGCCUCCCACAAUAUUUCAUUUUACCAAUGCCAUUUAAUUUUGAAAUUUCAUGAAAGAAUUUUUUAGAAAUGAUGAUAUUUGAAUCCUUCAAAAAUUUUAAUUUCUUUCUAAAGAGCCUCGAUUAUCUGAACCAGUCUCAUCUGAAUAAUAAGGUUAAACGAAAUGAAAUUCUACUCAAGCACGUGGUUUUUCUUUUCCUUCCUUAAUUUUAUUAAUAUCAUGCUUUAAGUCAACUAUACAUGAUUCCUUCUGAAUGAAAAGUAUACUUUGGAUUUCGUGACUGCAUAAAAUUGGUAAAUUUAAGUGAACUGCAUAGUUAGUUGGUUUGGUCAGUGAGUGAAGAUUGCUAAUUUGAUAUUGCCAAAGAAAUUUUAAAUUUAUAAUCGUUAUUUUAUUUUUACUAGAGUAGUUUAGAUUGAGCAUUACGGCCUCCCCUUCUGUUAAAAGCAAAUUUUUUAUGAUAACUGAAACUUUUUAUGAUAUCUUUUAAUGAUGUAUAAAAAUAUUGCAAUGUAGUGCGAAAGGAAUAGGGAAUGAGUGAAACUUUAUGCACGGCAAUAUUUCAAGUUAAUUUUUUUAAAAAAAAAACAUCCAAGGAGUCUAGCAAGGUUUUAAAGAAAAAUUUAAGGAAGUAGCGUAUUACAUUUUUGCUUUGUUUUUAAUUCAACUAAAAUACACGGGGGCCAGAGUUUUAGACAAUCUGGUGAUCGAGAUAUUUGCAAACCUCUCUUUAUAUUUAUUUGACAAAAAACAUUUACUAAGUGAAUAUAGCAGUUCAAUUUAAAACGACUCACGAAUAUCAGAGUUUAUCGAUGCUACCUCUAUAAUCCGAACAUUUUCCGAAGAAUGGGAACGGAAGUUAGGUCCGCUGUUUCAUAUAACCGAGUGCCUACUGUUUUCCAAAAAUAACCAGUCUUUCAAGAAUAGAUCUUCAAGCGGUCAGGAAAAAAAUUUAUAUUCACAUAAAAAAAAAUUUGCAGAAAUUAUGACAAAUUGAAAAAACUGCUAUUUAAAAAGAAUUCUAUUUUUUAGGCUUACUAACAAAUUUUGUAGUGAUACAAAUGACAUCAUUUCAGUUCUUCAAACUUAUAUCUAUGAAUGAUUUCAAGGCAAUUACAUGUUGUGGGAAUACUGAAAAAUCCUUUUUCAAGGAGUGUCAUGACAUUUAAUUUUCAUUAUUUAAAAUGCCCUACAAGUUUUAAUAUAGAAGAAAAUAGUACUUUUUAAAAUAUGUCGUUUCUCCAGAAUGUUAAGGAGAAUAUUGAACCUUAAUAUCGUUAAAAAUUAAUGCAAUCUUAAUAUGUUGGUUCAUUUAAUCAUAUUGUAUUUUUCAAACUUGAUUACACACAAUACUUUGGUUCAGUUUUGAUGGUGCAUUUAAUACUUUAUUAAGGUUGAGCAAAUUUCUCUCAUAUUAUGGUUCAAAGUAACGAUAUAACAGUUAACAUUGAAUUGAUAUUUUUCAAGAGUGCGUAACCCUGUUAUUAAAAGUGGGUUCAUCAUUGAUAACACUUAUGUAAUUUGCACGUUUAAGAAAUUAUUUCAUUCCAACCAUUAUAAUAUUAUAUAAUUUUUUUAAAUUAAUCCCCUUACACUACUAUUUCUUUAUUACCUUGAUUUUUAUUUGUAAAAAAAAUUUAAGGACUUUGUUUACUGAAUAUAAGAGACUACAAAAAGGUGUGUGAUAAAAUUGGUUGAGAAUUUUCAGCCAAUUAUUUAAUUCAAAAUUGAUCAGAGUGUUGACAUCCUAUUCAACAUGCACUAACAUGAAACGUCCCAAGUUUAGAUUUAUUCUAUUUUUUAAAAGUCCAAUCGACUCGUUACGUUACGUUAGAAUGAAUGACAUCACUUCCAUCAUAUCAAUUAAAAUUAACAUUUCUUCCUCUUCUUGGGCACGACAGCCUAUGAGAGGCCAAGGCCGUCCCAAUAAGUUUUUGCCAUCUUGAUCAAAUUGACAGUUAUUAACACAUUUUUAGGACUCAAAAUUCCUCCUAACUUAACAGAAAUUAUUUUUUG